AUGGUCAAAUGCUUGUUGGUGAGCGGCAUACCAAGAUAUUUGAUUGGGAGGGAUCCCAACCUGCGGUUCAUAAUGUGGGCUGCCCUCAAACGGUCCUCCAGUGGGUACAAGGAGAAGUACCCACUGCACAUGACGUGCCUGACGGAUAGGCUGACAGAGACAACAUACGGGUACACUGGUGCGCCCGGCGUGCCGCUGACCCGUGUCGUGGUGAACCACACCGGUGUGGCGGAGCGCGUGCUUAAUGGAAAAGGAGGGAUGCAAUCUCACAUGCCUAAUUAUUUUCCAGUACCCAAUGGUCCAAGAGGUACAGAUGAUGUAGCUCUUGAUAAUCGUCCUCCAAAUAUUGCUUCGCCCAUGACGCCCAUCGGUUCAAUUAGUCUUUCUAUUAUAAGACGUGCCACAGAAGAUUUCUCUAUAGGAAGAAAAAUUGGUGAAGGGGGAUUUAGCACUGUCUACAUGGGACAGCUAGACGAUGGUAAAGUGAUUGCUGUAAAGAGGCUCAAUGCGUCUCUUCUUACAGAUAAAGGCAAGCGAGAUUUCUCAAGGGAAAUGGAAGUGAUGUCAACGCUCACGCACGUCAAUCUUGCUGAACUCCUCUACUAUUGCCAGGAAGGAAUUGAGUGGAUACUACUCUACGAGUGGAUGGAGAAUUCAAGUUUGGAUCGCCAUAUAUUUCGAGAACAAAGCAGGCCCCGCUCUUUACUGAAUUGGGAGCAAAGAUUGGAAAUAAUUCAGGGGAUCGCUAAAGGUGUUGAAUAUCUUCAUGUCAAGAGUGUCAUUCACAGGGAUCUAAAACCUGGAAAUAUACUUCUGAGUGAUACGUGGAAUUCUAAGAUAGCAGACUUUGCCACCGCGAAGCUGUUUAUUGAUGAGGAGACAAAUCCAACAUUAGUAUUCACGCCAGGAUAUGCGGCUCCAGAGUAUUCAUGGGAAGGGGCCCUGACGUACAAGUGUGAUGUAUAUAGCUUUGGAGUCGUCUUGCUGGAGAUAAUCAGUGGCAAAAGGAGAACAAACAUGCCAAUGCUCCUUCUACAUGCCUGGGAACUGUGGAAUGAAAGUAGGAGUAGGGAGCUUUUUGAUCGGGAAGAGGCUGCACCUAGAGGUGAGGUCUUGUCAGGGCUAGCCAGAUGUAUCCAGAUUGGCCUUCUCUGCGUGCAGCAUUUGCCCGAGCACAGGCCUCACAUGUCUGAAGUUGAACAAAAGCUGAUUGCUCCUCUGAAACAAUUUCUGGCAGCACUUGCUUCAAACGAUUAG